AUGGUCCGGGGCAAGGUCCGGGCCUUGGCGGUCCACUUCGACAGCGUGAAUGAGGACAACUUGUCCGUGUUCUCGGGGGCAGACCUGGUGUCAGGGCGGGUGGUGGUGGAGGUCAGCGGGGAUGUGCGCGUCAACAGGCUGGAUGUGACCGCGCGAGGGCUCGCUAAAGUUCGGUGGACCGAGUCUAGGAACGCCGGCGCCAACACCGCGUACACCCAGAACUACACGGAGGAGGUGGACUACCUGCACCACCGAGACACGCUGGUCGGAGGACCGGCAGAUGAAGACGGUCCAGAUGAAGGUGUGACUGUUCUCCACACCGGCCUUCAUGAGUUCGCCUUCAGCUUCACCCUGCCCCAGAUGGCUCUGGCAACUUCCUUUGAAGGGAAGCACGGUAGUGUGAGGUACUGGGUGAAGGCUGAGCUGCACCGGCCCUGGCUGCUGCCCGUCAAAGUCAAGAAGGAGUUUAUUGUGUUUGAACACAUUGACAUCAACACUCCACUGCUGCUGGCCCCCCAGGCUGGAACCAAGGAGAAGACUCUCUGCUGCUGGUUCUGUGCUUCAGGUCCAAUCUCCCUCAGUGCCAAAAUAGAACGAAAGGGCUACACACCAGGGGAGUCCAUCCAGAUCUUCGCUGAGGUGGAAAACUGUUCGUCUCGCGUUGUGGUGCCCAAGGCAGCGCUCUACCAGACGCAGACCUUCUUUGCCAAAGGCAAAGGCAAGCAGAUCCAGCAGCUGGUGUCCAGCCUUCGAGGAGAUCCUCUGCAGCAGGGAAAAAGCCAAAGCUGGGAGGGCAAGCUAUUGAAGAUACCUCCAGUGUCCCCGUCCAUCCUGGACUGUCCCAUCAUCAGAGUGGAGUACACCCUGGUGGUGUACAUAGACGUUCCUGGUGGGCUGAACCUGUCGCUCUCUUUGCCACUGGUGAUCGGGACCAUCCCUCUUCAUACGUCCUCCCCCCGCUCCUUCAGUAUCAGCAGCAACUGCAGCCCUGUGAGCUGGCUGGGCCUGCCUGAAAGACCUGAAGCGCCGCCGAGCUACAACGAGCUGGCAAUAUCUGAGUCAUACAGGCAGGACUGUCUGCGUGGUUGUGAGGGGGAAGACCAGGGGUCUCUGCUGACAUACAUCUCAGAGUUCAGAUAUUUGCCUCCUCCUCUCUACUCUGAGGUGGACCUGAACCCUGAACCUCCAGAGGUUUGUGGGACUGCUGACGUCAGGAGACCCAGCAUGUGUCCAUCUCGCUGAGAGACUCGGGCUCAAACUUCCGAACAAACAGGACAACAAUGGCCCAAACUGCCAGCUUCUCAUCCAUCUUUACGUCGCCAUGGAUACGGCUGGACCGUCACUGACCCAGGGCCUAACGGGG